AGGUGAUGUAGAUAGAUAACCCGAUCCAUAGCCAGAAUAAAGAUAAGGGUUGAAGCAGAUUUUCUUCUAGCCAAAUGGAAGAGGAUAGCCUCUGUUUUCAUUUGAAACGGUUGGACAUAGAUGGGACUACUGUUAAAGAAGCAACACUAAAUUUGUCUGCAUAUAAGAGCGUCUUUGACCUCCUAGACGAUUGUAGGAAGCCUUUGGGGUUUGCUCAAGGGAUUCCUUUACUGGCUUGCUACGAGGAAUGUAAAACCAUCUUGAACGGGAAGCUAAAACUGUCUCAGGCAUAUAGUACACAAUGUCUGGUUAUAUCAGUUAGUGUUGAUACAUAUAGCAGCAGUGAAGAUAGCGGAGAGGAUUCAGGUGUCUCUGAGGAUAUGAAAGAACCUAUAUUAUCUGAUACGAGCUCAAAGGAACCUGACAGCGGUGUUUCGCCAAAUGAAGGUGAAGAACUGCAAGCAGACUUGUCGAGAAAAACGAAAAAAGAAGUAACUCCUUCGUUGAAAAAUAUCCUCAAUAAUGACGAGGCAUUAAGUAUCCCAUUAAAUGUUGGAAGAAAUGAGGAAAUAAGUCAAGGUCAUAGGAUAUCGUAUCAGGAUUUUUAUGUGGAUAGACCAUAUGAUGAAUCAGGCAGCCUUUCCGUAGAAGUAAUCAUCGACAGAUUGAAAUACAGAACUGAUGUUUUUAGAAAAGCUGAAGUUCAUUCAAUUGCCUCUGAUUCAAAGUCAUACUCCUUGAGCUUUGAUGAUUUUGAUUCUGAUGAUGAAGAAAACGGAAGUCAAACUGACCAAAUGGCGGAUGGGGUUGAAAAUGAACCAUUUGAUUUAUUGUUAGACCUCAUAGAGAAUGGAAAUAUUUCAGUACAACAAGAGAUAUUCAAGAGACUACUUGAACAAAGAUACAGCGUCCCACUUCUUUUCUCGUAUUCCGAAGAUAACGUACUAAUGCACCUCAAAAACGCUCUGAUGUUUUCCAAAGUGAAGUACCUAAAAGAAUUCAGAUCUAUCGAUGAAGAUACAGAUUUGCCAAGAGUAGUGUUUCUUUCGGAAUGCUAUGGUGACAGAAAGUAUGGAUAUCACAUCUCAAGUAUUCAGUUGUCGAUUUGCAAGUAAAGGAUCAGACAUAAAACACUUUUCAACCAUGUGUGAACUUGAUGUAGGAUUCUUGAAGUCUGAAGACCCAAAUACUGAAUGUCCGUGGAUGGUUUUGCAUGUACGAGGAAAUUAUUUGCCUGCGAUCCCUUACUUAAAACAGUUCAAACCCGAUGCUGUAAUGGUCGAAGUUGAUCUUAAUCAAACGAAAUUUUCAUUCAAGGAGAACCUUGCAACUAUCACCACUAAACUAAUGUCGUGGGGCACGAAUAGGCAUGCACUCAAAUAUGACAAGAAGAAGAAGCUGUUUACUGGCUCUUUUCAUUCGAUCGCAGAUGGAAUUUCUAAUGGUCUGAACUCAAUAAUGAAGAAUAAGAGUUCCUCAAGAGAAAGCAGGUUAAUGCUGAAAGAAAUUGACGGAAUCACUCCACAAGAUGAAAUUCCUGGCCUAGAACUGAUCGAGAAAACUGUAAAGAGCUCGAACAUUGCCUCUCUGAGGGAGAGACUCAUUCUCCAGAAGAGCUUAAAAAGGCAAGGUGACCUUCACAUGAAACUCCAAUUCGAAAGGGAGAUUGAAAAGAAGAAUGAACUUAUCCUCCAAAUUUCCAACGAGAAAGAAUUUAGAGCUGAUAUAUCAGUGAAGUAUGCCCAAAACCAGGAAGAACUUCUCAAUCUGUUCUACCAAAUACUUUUAAUAAAAGACGAAGAUCUGAGAUUCGUCCUAGCCAACUAUUUUGAAGCUAACAUUGACAAAGAAUGUGCUUCUAUACUGGAAGUAGAAAAGUGCAAUGUGAGUCAGGCAUAUGAGACAUACAGCGAAAGCCGAAAACCAAAUUCCCUAAACCACGAAAAGGAAAAACAUCUUGAAACAAAUUAUUAUCAAGCCAAGAAGAAUUACGUCAACAAAAGUGUUGGGAUCGAGAAUAUCUGGAGGGAAUUCAUCAACAGCUAUAAUCUGCUCCAUUGAAUCAUAAGUUACUGCCCGAUCUAGCCGCACAGCAUCUUAUGGAUGGCUUCGCGUUGGAACUCAUGGAUGGUGACACAGGAAUAUUGUGCCAAAAGUGGACGGACGAUUUGUUCAGCACAUUGCAGACUAAAUUAACGGAUAUAGUUGGCAGGACUGCUAAAGUCUUUGUUCUCAGUGUUAUGGGGACGCAAAGCACCGGAAAGUCAACCCUACUGAAUAUAAUGUUCGGUUGUAGGAUGAGGGUUUCAGCAGGUCAGUGCACGAAAGGUGUUUACAUGCAGCUCAUAAAAAGCAAUUUCAACAAGAAAUUUGACUACGUCCUUAUCUUGGAUACUGAAGGACUACGAGCACCUGAAUUUUUCGGUGCAGAUUGGUCCAUAUGGAAGGAUAAUCGGAUGGCUACACUAGCUAUCCUAUCAGCAGAUGCUACUAUAAUCACAACUGUGAACGAAGAUGACAUCGCCAUCCGAGAAGUGGUGCCUAUAGCCCUUCUUGCUCAUAAACGAUCUAAAAUAGCUGAAGAAAAUUCAGGGAGACAGCCAACAAAGUUGCUCUUUGCCUACAGUAGAGUCGACACUACAAAUCUUUCAAAAUUUCUGGAGAACCGGCAAAGUCUUCACAAGACCUUACACGACGCUGAAAUAGAAAUGGGCGAUUAUGGCCUUCAGGAUUGCAGUAGCUUUCUAGAUUCAUUCAAUACGUCUGAUAAGGAAAAUGAAAGUGAUAUCAAAUAUUUUGGAUUGUUGAACAAAGGAGGAAAGCCACCAGACGACACUCCUAAUCACGAAUUUGGGACAAAGAUUGCAGCCUUUCGCAAGUACAUCGAUGAACAAACAAAGUGUACAAAGGGACAAAGUUUGGAAAGUUGGAGUAAACAUAUUCAACUUGUUUAUGAUUGUCUCGAAACCACUAACUUUGAAUUGAGCUAUAAAUCAGCGAUGGAGCAUAAGGCCUUCAAUGAAUUUGAGGAGAAAUUGGAUGAAAUUAAACAAGUUGUGGCUGGAAAUUUCUGUGAAGCAUUUGCGAAGGCAGAAGAAGCCAUCAUAAAGACUGACUCUGAAGAUACAAGCGUGAAGAAUUUGAAAUACUUCAUUAAUAUGAUGGACUGUCAUGUACAAUCUACAGUCGCGGAGAAUCGCAAGAAAGUAGACAAAAUUCUUGAAGAAAAUAAGUACGAAUCUUUCAAAGAACCAAGGAAACGUAAUUUUGACAGAUUUGUUCAAGAAUUGCAUGCGGAUAAAAAAGAUAAGAUCAAGAUGACUUUCGACGGGAGAUUUGAUUAUGAAGCCAAAAAGAAGGAAUAUCAGAAUAACAUUAGUUACGAAUUGCAGAGUGAAAUCAACCGAGAUAAUACAAUAAAAGAUGACGCAAAACGUCAAGAUGAAUUAUUCGAGGAAAUUUUUGAAAGGAACAUAGAAGAAUGCCAAGGAAAUUAUCCUAGAGUUAACGUUCGAAAUCAGGUUGAGGAAAUUUAUGCAUCACACCCAAACACUGUGCAAGAAGAUAGAAGACAAUCAUGGCACGAGAAUAUUAAACAACUUGGUGGUAAUUUGCUAAUUUCAGGGAUAGAGGCUGUAUUUGAAUUCGUUAUGGGAAGAAAAUGGAGCAAUGAGUCACGAGAUGGAGCAAAAAUAAUCAAGCUGCAAAGUCGAAUGGAUGAAGUUAUGAAUAAUGUACAAUCAUUUGAAGCGGGCGUAGUGCAUAAAAUAAUUUCUGUUACCAACGCAACUACCAAAUCUAUGAAUGCUGAAAAUGCGGCAAAGUGGAAUCUUUAUGUUAAAGAAGCCAUUAUCAGAAAGUUGGGAGAGGUUCAACGGAACUGGGAAAGCGAACAUAACGUACGUGCAAAACUGAUGGCAGAAAAAGAGGUAUUGAAAGAAAAUUUCAAAAAUGUCAUCUGCAAGGAAAUUUUUGGAAAAGAACGAGCGAUCCAUCAAAUAUCGCAGGGAUUAAAGUUUGCCUUGGAAGGAGGUUUUCUUGAGUAUCUAUCAGGCAAAGUGCGAAUUUCUGUUCAAGAUAAGGGUUGGGUUACCGACUCAAUAAUUUUAGAAGCUCAUGUUGAUCUGAAAUAUCUGGAAUUAAGUAAAAGUGGGAGAGUAAAAGAACUUAUUAGCAAACUCAAUUAUCCCAAGAAUUUUUACGAAGAAACUGUCCUUGAAAAGAUCAGCGAAUUUGUCAAAACAAAUAAAGAUAUCGAAUGGACAAAUCUUGUUGAGAGAGUUCUAUUAGCUUUGGAAAAUUCGUGUCUUGAGGCGUCAAGAAUGGAUGCUGACGGGUACAGAAAGAUGCAGGAUAUGAUGAAGAAUGAUCUACCCAUUGAAGUUCUUAAGAAUCUACCUGACCUCACAACAUGGGAUGAUGAACUGAACAAAGAUCUUAACAAAACAGGAGAAGCUUUUAAUAGUAAUUUCAUCGAAAUAGAAAAGAGUAUUAAGGACCAUCUGGAAGGUAUGAAUGUACCAAACUUGCAAAUAAUAAACUAUUCAAAGCGGGUUUACAAGAUCCUUAGCGAGAAUUUCAAUCCGGGUGCUCGACCAAGAUGCACGUUUGUCUGUCCAAGAUGUUUACUCCCCUGUAGCAAGUCCUUAGGUCAUUACAGCGAGGAUAGCCGUCACAAUUGUGACCAUCAACCAAGGGGAUUAGUGGGUGUUCAUUGGAAGGAAUCAAAUAAGCUCGUUGGAUUCUCAUGUGCUGAAAGUGUAGCAAGAGGUGAUUCCAUAGUUUUCAAAGACGGAGACAAGCUCUAUGCUGACUUCGAUAAAAUAUACCCGGAGUGGAUGCUUCCAUGUGAAGUAAAUAAGAAGUCCAGGGUUAGAAAGUACUUGUUUCAAGAACACAAUAAAGCCAUCGCUGAUUAUUAUGGUUCGAAUGAAUCUGAUAGCGAUAACUUGGAACCUAGGAUCAUAUCCUCUAUUGAUGAGCUGAUCUAUGAAACUUUGAAAAAGACAAAGAAAUAACUGGGACGUCGUGACUCGUGGUUGAACUACUAUCGGAGUGCAUUGUUGUUGGUUGUAAAAGUUGGUUGGUUGACCUGGAAAUCAAAAGAUCUUAUAUCGAAGAAUCAUAGGAAUGACGGAUAUCAUUAACUCUUGCUAAGACACCGAUUGAACUUCUUUUCUUUUUUUGAUGCGAACUAAAUGUGAAACUAUUGGCAUUGCCUAUGAAUGUGUGCGAUUCCCAAUUUUAGAUGAAAUAUCAAUUUUUUCUUGAUAGUUUAAUUCUUUUUGUUUGAAUACUUUUAAAGCUGAUUUUGUUUUAGCCAUAGUUGUUACUCCUCAUGGUAUGUGGUUUCAACUAUAUAUUUGAAUUGAUCAAAUAAUUACAUGUUAAGUUAGCUGUGUUAUUAAAUGUACUAUUGGUUGUUAACUGUAACAUGUUCUCAAGUCCGUGCCGAUUAUUUUUAAACGCCUUGAAAAGAAACUCUUUGCGAGUUUGUUAAGAUCAAAAGUUUACUUGAUGUAGUUUUGUUACUCCUUCCAAUUUACAGAUUUCUUC